GUCCAUUCUAUUCUUCAUACGCUUACGCUGUUGCCACGACCAACAAACAAUAUAUUGUUGGCGGUCGCGCAAAGGGAACUCGUAAAGGCAAAUAAAAGUAACUCCCAUCUUUAGCGGAUGAGACGGUGGGCGGUGUCGGUCGAGGUCCCCUCAUCCCCGCCAACAGUGGAGUUUGGGCAGAGAUUUCUUCGGAAGUUUUGAACGGAGCAUCUGGGCCUCUUUGACAAGGGGAGCUCGGGGGUCUGUGCGGGAAGAUUUGUAAGAGAGUUCGACUUUGCGAGAUGUCCAGUGAAGCGAGGCAGAGGAAGAAAAACGUCGCUGCCAGCAAGCAAAGCGACGGAGUGAGAGAGCAGGCUGUGAAAGGGAAGGUGUCGGAAGAUCAGGAGCCCGAGGGCGGGCGAUGCUGCCGGCCGCUCGGCGUGAGGAAUGCACUGUGUUUGCUCUCACUGCUCGCCAGCGCGGCACUCGCUGGGCUCAUGUACCAGCAGUCAGCUAAGUUUGCUGAGGUGGAACAAAAGUACCAGCAACUGUACAUGAGAUCUGUAGCUGCCCAGGCCCUAGAAGAUGAAUUAAGCAAAGUUUCAAAAAAGCUGGAUUCAUCAGAAGAAGUCCUGCAGAAAGCACUGUCAUCUAGUUCGGUCAUGACCCUCUUUGAACAGGAGAUGUCAGAACUCCGUAGCAGUAUGACUAGCUUACAGAAUAAAGAACAGACAAUAGCAAGAAAAAUGCAGAAUGUCAAUAAGAACUUCCAAAAUAUUUCAGAUACCUGGAAACAAAGCUUAAAUGAAAUAAACAGUGAGAUUGCAAACUUGAAGUCAGAGUCAAAGAACAUGCAUAACAAAAUAUCAUCAGAAAUUAAUACAGUUGAACAAGGUGUAAAGGAUCUCACUGAAAAAAUGGAAGAUUUAGAAGUGAGCACCAUAAGAAAUACAAAGGCAAUCAAGCGACAAGAGGAGGAGGAUUUAGGUGGCCUUGAAAAGCAAGCAAACUGGAAUACAAGAACCAUUGAGAGAUUAGUUGAACAACAGAUCAAUUUGAUUUCAAAGGAUAGAGAGUUAGUAGAAAAACUGACUGAGUAUGAACCUAAACUUAAAGAAUGUCAAGAGCAUCUUCCAUCAAUUGAUGAUGGUGUCCAUUCCAUCCUUAAGGUAUCCAGUGAUCUCCUUAACACUGAAAAGAAAAUGGAUGACAUGACUGUCCAGAUAUUUAACUUGGAGGAUAACAUGCUAAAAGUCGUAACUGAGAUAUUAGAUAUAAAAAAAGAGCUGGAACUGUUACUGUCUGAUAAUACCAUUUAAAAGCCAAUAAAUAACCUGAAUACCAUGAAAGUUACUGCAAUGGGACAUAAUAGAACUAUAAGAAAAAGGCAAGAGUCCUGAAGAAGCAUUCUACAAUUAAAUGCUCCAUUAUAGUGCGUGCACAAGUGUAAUUGAACAGUGAUAUGCAAGAGGCACAGUUUGAUACAUUCUAGCUUUGCUUUUGGGAAAAGUAAAGUUCUCUUGGUGCAAACGUAAUCAUCUGCAUCAAGUGCUGGUUAUUGUGCUUCAACUGCUGGUAAAAGAAAUGACAGGACAUUUCCGACUUCUGCAAGAUAAGCAUCAUUGGUAAUGGCGCAACGCAGAAGAUUGCAUUGGAUUAAUGCAAAAAAGCUUUAUAGAUGCUGAAAAUUAGAGUCUUUGAAGAGCUUUUAAAAGGUCACUGGUGAAUUAAGAUUUUGAGUUGAUCUAACAUACACCAACGCUUUAAUAUUUUUCUCACUCAAUAUGUAAUUAAGGUGAUUUACAGUGAUUUAGAAUCAACAUAAUUAACACUUUUUCACACACAGCAUUUUAACUAAAAUUAAACGAAAGUGCAAAUUGCUGUGUUGGCUCAGUUCUAAGGUGAGAGUUGAGGAAACAUUACAAUUUGUAAUUUUCUAAAAUAAAAAUCAUAAUAUUUGUUUUCUGCCAUUGUUCACAGAAUAGAUACAUUACUAAUUUUACGUCAGUGAUGACGUCUCCACUGAAUGAAACAUUGGCGGCAAUUUGAAGGAUGUGUUUGUUGUGAUAAGCAACUCGUGUGUGCAAUUGCAUCCAUGCCUUUUAGAGAAAUUCAAGUAUAGUGAGCUCUGAGGGGUGACUUUAGAUUAACUAUUUAAUAUAAUUGGAAAAGUUCAAUUAAAAGGCAGAUCAGAAGCACAAAGUUAAAUUAAUCCUUCAGGGAUUGAGGAUGGAAUCUUCCAAACUUUUAAAAUUCUCUGACGUCGGGGCAUUUUCCAAGUUUGACCCAGUUCGUGUCUGCAAUGUGCUUUAUGGCACAAUAUUAGGGGUGGCAGCCAAACAACAGGCUGCCUCCAUAUUUGCUGCCCAAUUAGGGAAGGUUGAUUGGGGGUUUCUGAGGUGAGAGCUCAGGCCAGUGCUUCCCACUUUAAGGGAGGCCAGCAGCUCCCACUGAGGCUCUAGCAGUAGUAGUGUCAGGGGAGCUCUGCAGCCACCAGCAGCACCAGAGGAGUGGCUGAGGCGGGAACCCCAUGGCAAUUAGAGACAACUGUCUUCACAAAUUCCACGCUCAACAGCAAGGCUGUGCGAUGAAGAACAGCAGCCUUGCCAUUUUCUGCUGGUAUCAUUUAAAUUUCAAUCCACCCUCACACUGUGCAGCUGCCUCCUUCUAUGGGGUGUGGACACAGCGGGAGGGCCACAACAUUGCUGAGUGUUUUCCAAGUCUUCUGCAUAUGGACAUGGACUGCCAAUACCUGAGGAGUUGCAAAUGAUGCAAUCAUCAGCAAACAUCCCCACUUCUGACCUUAUGAUGGAGAGAAGUUCAUUGACGAAGCAGCCAAACAUGGCUGAGUCCAGGACACUACUCACACUGCAUGAUUAUAUAAAAAGUGUAAGAAAAUAAAUAUAUUUUACAAUAGAAGACCAUAGGAGCUCUAAAUUAAGAUGGAAUUAUUUUUUAAAAAGAGAAAUGUACGACAGUAAGUCAGAGAAAGCAUAUAGGAAACUUUCAUCAGGAACUGCGGUAUUACACAAUUAUAUGAAAUAACCUGUUGUCCUGUGCAGUAAAUAAUGGCAUCCUAUUCUAUGUAUGUACCAAAUGGCGUGGUGACUUUGAGUUAAUAAGAGACAUAUUCUAAAUAACCACUAUGUAACAAUUAUUCCAUUCAGCAAACCCUAAGCAAGCAUUGAAUUUGAAUUGAAUUUGCAUAACACAUUUGCAAAAACAGGCUACAUUAACACUAUAGCUAUAGUACAGUUUUUGCAACUUUUAAUAGUACAUUUCAGUGUGUUUAGUAACACAACCUAUGUCCUGUAAAGCUUCUACAAGUCAGUUGUGUCUGUCAAAAUACAAACUCAUUCUA